AUGGCGAGCCAUUUUAAGACGCUACUCUGGGUAGCCGUCGUCCUCAGGGGCCCCGCUCUUGCUCUCCCGGGUUCGUUGAAAACUUCUCGAGCCGAGGUGUCCUCUUCAUUGCCGCCGGUGGCAACCGUUGUAUCGAGUAAUUCACAGACGGAAACCAUCUUUGUUGGUCGUUCUCUGCCAGAGUUCAAUCAGGAGCUCUUCCUCGGCAUCAAAUAUGCCGAUAAACCUAUCCGGUUUACCCCAUCAUCUCUGAAGACAGACUAUACUAUCAAUAACAGUGACUCCGGGCCAUACAAUGCUCCAAUAGACGGCCUGAACAGAUCCGAACAGGCGGUCCUUUACAAUGCAACGGCAUACGGCUACGAAUGCCCCGGUUACGGAUCCGACGAGACCAAGUUGGUCAACAUAGGAUUGAUCCACUUAAACGAAGACUGUCAUAAUCUAAACAUCAUUCGGCCCAAAAUCCAGUCACAUGAUACCCCAUUGCUCCCCGUCAUGAUAUGGAUUUUCGGGGGUGGAUGGCAACAGGGCGCAACGACAGAUCCGAGGUACAACAUGAGUUACAUUGUACGCCAGGGCGCGUUGAAUAAUAGACCUGUUUUAGGGGUCUCGAUCAAUUACCGUCUGGCGGCUUUUGGUCUUUUGGAUUCUGAGGAGGUUCGGGCAUCUGGGGCUAAUAAUCUGGCACUUCGAGAUCAGAGAGUUGCCAUGCGGUGGGUGAAGGAGAAUAUAAAGGCGUUUGGCGGAGAUCCGGAAAAGAUUACGAUUUGGGGCGAAUCUGCAGGCGCUUAUAGCGUUGGAGCGCAUCUGGUUGCUAAUGAUGGGGAUAAUGAGGGUUUGUUCCGAGCUGCAAUUAUGGAGUCGGGAAAUGCCAUCGGGCCGCCCUGGAAUGGUACAGAGUGGCAUCAGCCUAUGUACGAUCGCAUUGUGAACAAGACGGGCUGCUCUUCCUCGUCGGAUACACUUCAAUGCCUACGGGAUGUCUCUUACGACACACUAUACGAUGCGGCAUAUGAAGGACUGGAAUGGUUCGCAACUAUCGAUGGCGUUUUCAUCAAGGAGUAUCCCCAAAUAAGCGUUACAGAAGGGAGAAUGGCCAAAGUGCCUAUUCUCCUGGGAACUAAUACAGAUGAGGGAACUAGUUUCGGCACGACAGGGACAGAUACGGAUGAAGAGUGUAUUGAGCAGCUUAUAUCCUCAAAACGCUGGGUUCUUAAUCGCGAGCAAGCCACUAAGCUGCUUACGCUCUACCCUAAUGACCCGGCCGUGGGAUGUCCAUAUGGAUGGGGAAACACUACAUGGCCGAAAUUGGGACUUAUGUAUAAGCGAUAUGAAUCAAUGGCGGGCGAUCUGAAUAUGGUCGGACCGAGACGACUUCUUGCGCAGACCAUGGCCAAGUACGAAAAGCAGGUUUACUCUUAUAGAUGGGAUGUACCUGCUUUAAAUACGUCUAGUACUAUUGGGGUGGGUCAUUUCGCAGAAAUCCCAUUUGUGUUUGCCAACCCAGUCCAGAACAUAACAACACUAGGAGAUAAUCCCGGCCGCCUGGAGUUGGCCAAUCUGGUUGCUCGAAUGUGGACAUCAUUUGUGACUGUCCUAGACCCUAACGGACAUGAUGUUGCAAAUAUCCCCCAAUGGCUACAAUAUUCACAGGAAGCCUCAAACUUCGUUUUCCGUCUACCCAAGGACGAAAGUUAUAUCGAGGCUGACACUUACCGGGCAGAUGGUAUCGACUACAUUAAUAGUAUUGCUAGGUAG